UGACAGGUAAAAAAAUAAACAAUUAACACAAAAUACAGGUGUUCUGACGUAAUAUAUUAGUGUUAACACGAACAUGUCACUGGACAUGCAUAUAUCUGGUUUGUAACAAUGUGAAGGAAGCACUAUAAGAUGGAUUUUCUGACAGCCUUGAUAACACUCAGCUGCCUUUGUAUUCUUGCUGAUGCUCAGUCAGGUGCCAACUACAAAUUGUGCCAAGAUAAGCGCAUUGAACUGACAGGAGUGGGACAUAAUGCAACCAUGGUAUACAGCCGUCAAGACAGUGGUAGCAAUCCCUGCGUAUUGCACAUCAAGUCAUGCGCAAAUUGUAGAAUAAAGUUGAAACCUGACCCCAAUGUCAACUUCAGCUUUAAGUGUCCAGGACAAGCAGACUCUGGCAACAGAUUUACUUGUACACUGUCAUGUGACUACCUCUACAUAUUUGAUAAGUACUACAAAGACAAACUUAAAAACUUCUAUCAUUCCAUUGAUGGAAACUCUUUGUUUAAAUCUGAAUCUAAUGAAGUCUUCAUCGGGGUGUGCCAUGGCUACUCAAAUUAUUCCUUCAACUUUGAUAUUGAAUCAGAAGACAAAUAUGAGAAAAAAGCUGGAUCGUCGGGUUCAAUUCAAGCUGACGGACAAUUUUUGUCCCCGUUUUUCCCGUACCCCUACGCUAUUAACCACGAGAUCUACACAUACGAAAUACAAAGCGUCAACAGCAAUGAAUUUGUCACUCUGGUGUUUAAUGACUGGAACAUUCAUCCAUCCAGCUCAUUUGCUUUCACUAACAGUAAUAUAGUUGGGCAGGUCCAUGCUCACAUGAAACGCCCAAUGGUCCAGUCAGACGGGAAUGUUUUGGUGUUCAAAUUCCAGACAGGCAUCUUAAAUAAUACAGAACAGAACACUGACUAUAUUGGCUGGACAGCUAAAUACAGCAUAAAUCGUGCUAAAGUCUCACUUCCGAAUCCAGACUGUGGUACAGAUGGUUACUGGAGCGAUAUUGGUGGCAAGAUUGUGUUUGAACGGCAAUCCCACAGUUCCACGCUGUACGACUGCCUCUGGGUGAUCAAGUUACAGCCUGGAUAUGACCAUGUCAGGCUGGUCAUAAAUAAAUUUAGAGCUUUAGAUGCCGGCCUGGUGAGUGGGGAUAACAUGCUGGAAAUUCAUGAAGGGACAACAUCGAAGGGCAAUAAAGUGCUUCGGUAUGACAUCAAGGACAACAAGGAGGAUGCUGUGGCGGUUGAACUCCGAGAUGGGGCCUACAUCCGAUAUCGCGGACUGUUCGCAUCUAACUACCAGCUUCGAAUGAGCUUCAAUCUGUUUUCUAAAGUAACACCAUGCAGCAGUGACCAGUUUAGCUGUUCUAACGGGAUCUGUAUUGCUCGUGAGCUGGCAUGUGACAACAGCGAUGACUGCGGUGAUAAGUCAGAUGAAGGGGAAAGUGGCUGUGCAGUUAACAUGGAUCCACACAAAAGCUAUCAAUACACAAUAACAAUUGGCGUGAUUGUUCCCAUGGUGAUCUCUGUGUUCCUCAUAAUGAUCAUCUGCCUGUUGUUUGUUAUGAUUCGCCGCUGUCGCCGGGCACAAAGGGAAGCGACUGCUGCAAACUCGGACAGGAUCCAGACUCUGAGUGAGGAUGUUAGUGAGAGCUCAGAUAGGCGAGGUCGGAGGAGACGUCGACGUCGGCAUCGUAACUUGAAUGGCGAGCGAGACAUGCCACCGACGUAUGAGGAAGCCAUACAGAAUCCACCAUGCUGGAAUAGUAACCUGGCAUUUGGCAACCCAGUGGAUCCCAACCUCCCAUCACCACCACCUUACACCGAGAUGGAAGCGGGUCGGCGAGAAAAUACUGGCCAAAAUUCUUCCCAAAGACACCCUGGGAGUCCCACGUCAACAAACAGCAGCCAAUCAGAAGUGACCAUAGGCUCCAGAAACCGGUCAGAUGACUCGACAUCUUCAUCAUCUAGUGAGGAGGGCUCCACAUGGGGUAUUUAUCCUCCUGACGGGGAAGGAAGAAGGGGAAGGAUUGGGAGACAUAUUUCAAGCUCGGGGUCAGAACGUUCUAGGGUCAGAAGUCAAGUUCAGAGUAGAGGUCACUCAGGUCAGCGCCAUGGAAACAGAUCUGAAAGGCCAGAAAGUAGGACAAGUUCAGUCACCCAGGGAACUGAGUUGUCUAACCUUGAGGAGGAGCGAGAGGUUGGGAGAAAAUCUAAUGAAAGGAAUUUAAAACUAGAUCUGAAACCAAAUGUUAUUGUGUCACAGGAACAUAUACCUUUGUCUGAAGGUCCAAAACCGCAGGUGCAAACUUUUAGACAAGUUGGUAGGCCAGUUGAUAAAUUGGAAGGGUCUAUAUCACCUGUAAGCUUUGAAAUCCACCAAGAGCAUUUAUCGGAACAAAACCAGCGUGUUCCAGGAAAUCAUCCCAAACCAGUUCCCUCUAAAAGGAAAAGUAAAACCCUGACAAAUGAUCUAAAGAAAAGGUCAGCGAGUGUUGAGCACUUGCAGCAGUCAGAUUCAGAUAUUGAAUUUGGUUUUGGACGAUCAAAACCAGGCAUGGCUAGAGCAAGAUCUGUUGAAGUUCUUGACAAGAGAACUGCAAGACAACCAAACUCGAUAGAAGAAAGUCCCACCAGGUACAAUUAUGACAAUUUAGCUGCAAGCACGUCCGAUGAUGGUAGUAGGGAUGUUAUGGUUGUCUAUGAUAAUGCUAGAAAUGAUGAACUCCCCAGUACGCAUCCCCAUUUCCAGGCUUUAAGUGCUUCAAACUUGGCCUUGACCUUACAUGACCCAGUUUCCUCAAGAGACAACGUUUCUACUAGUAUUUCAAUGCAGGCUGGUCCUGGAAAUAUGACGAGCAGGGCAAAAAGGACUGGACAGAACUUGGAAAAGGAAGAACAAAAUUCAAACAUGUCUAGCAGGGAGUUAGAGAGUCAAGUUCAAGGUUUGAGCAAUGAAUCUGGGUCAAGGAUGUCUUUUAUCUGGGAUAAAGAAGACCAGAAUGAUGUUUACGUUUAAUUGGUGGUGUUAAGGAUGUUGUUUUGUUUUAACCAAGUGGCUUAUUCAACUUUUCAAGGAUUUUAUCCAUUCAUUACUAUACAUUUUUCUCAUGAUGAUUAUAGAAGUUCACAUAUCAACAAUGAUUAAAUGACACAGUUUAAUUUGCAACCAUUAAGCCAAACAGAAAUAGCAUUGUGGUAUCUGUGACAUGCGGUCAUGUUUAUGACAGGUUGGUUAGGUAGGUAGUAGGUUGAAAGGGAAAACAAUUUAUUUUAGAAAAUAAUUUAAUUGUGUACAAUGUAUGUUGAUUGUUGUAUUAUUUACAUACAUACAUAUUCUGACAUUAAUGUUGCCAAAAAAAUUACACAAUACAAGUAAACUGUCAAAGCUUGAACAAAUAAUAAUGCCACAUGGGUUUAUAUUUUAAAUUAAAAUAGGGCUGGAGCUUAAAAAAGGGUCAGCCGAUUAGAUAGGGUGAGUCAAGUAACUGUUACAAAAGAUUUUAUUAUGUUUAAAUUGAGUGGAUAAAAGUUAACAACCAAUAACAAAAUUGUUUUCAAAGGAAUAUUUUCAAAAUGGAUUUGCAUAUUCAUUUGACAGUACCUAGGCAUCAACAUUUGUAUUUAUCAUUGUAUCUAAACAGAAACCCUUCAAAACUUGUAAUUCAAUGUUUAAAUGUUCUUACUAGCCUCCAAUGUGGAAAGUAUUUGAUGAAUGUAAUUGUAAUGAAAGUUAUUGUCAAAGGUCAAAAUUACUGAUAAAAGUAUUUUUUGUACUAAACCACUUGCCACUAGUAUAUCUGCAUACAUGUAUUUAUGCCCCCCUUCGAAGAAGAGGGGUAUAUUGCUUUGCACAUGUCGGUCGAUCGGUCCGUCGGUAGACCAAAGCUUGUCGAGUGAUAACUCAACAAUUCCUCGACGUAUGGUCAUCAAACUUGACAUGAAGGUUGGGCCUGACCAGUAGAUGACCGCUAUUGUUUUGGGGGUCAUCGGGUCAAAGGUCAAGAUCACAGUGACCUUAAAUGGUAAAAGGUUGUCCGAGUGAUAACUCGACAAUGCCUGCACCCAUGGCCCUCAUAAUUGACCUGGAAGUUGGGCCUGACCAGUAGUGGACGCCUGUUGUUUUGGGGGCUCAUCGGGUCAAAGGUCAAGGUCACAGUGACCUUGAAUGGUAAAAGAUUGUCCGAGUGAUUACUCAACAAUGCCUGCACCCAUGGCCCUCAAACUUGACUUGGACGUUGGGCCUGACAAGUAGAUGACCCCUAUUGAUUUUAGGGGUCAUUGGGCCAAAGGUCAAGGUCAGAGUGACUUUGAAUGGUAAAAGGUUGUCCAAGUGAUAACUUGACAAUGCCUGCACCUAUGGCCCUCAAACUUAACUUGGAGGUUUGGCCUGACCAAUAGAUGACCCUUAUUGUUUUUAGGGGUCAUCUGGCCAAAGGUCAAGGUCACAGUGACCUUGAAUGGUAAAAGGUUGUCCGAGUGAUAACUCGACAAUGCCUGUACCCAUGGCCCUCAAACUUGACUUGGAGGUUGGGCCUGACCAGUAGAUGACCCCUAUUGACAUUGGGGGUCAUCGGGCCAAGGUCAAGGUCACAGUUACCUUUAACCCAAAAAAUUAACAAAUCUUCUCCCACUGAAAUCUCAACAAUGCCUGAACCUAUGAUCAUCAAACUUGACAUGGAAGUUGGGCCUGACCAGGAUAUGACCCUUAUCGAUUUUAGGAGUCAUUGGGUCAAAGGUCAAGUUCACAGUGACUUUGAAUAUGAAAAUGUUUCAAGUGAUAAUUCGACAAUGCCUGCACCCAUAGCCCUCAAACUUGACUUGGAGUUGUGCCUGACCUGUAGAUGACCCCUUAUGAUUUUAGUGGUCAUCAGGUCAAAGGUCAAGGUUACAGUGACCUUGAACAAAAAAAAGCUUGUCUGUGUGAUAACUUGUCAAUGCCUGCACCCACUGCCCUCAAACUUGACAUUUAGAUUUUUGGUGACCAGCUGAUGACUCCUAUAGAUUUUGAGGUCAUAGAGUCAAGGUCAUGGUCAUAACACACUCUAUCCUCACACUUUGAAUGGUCAUAAUCUUAAAACUGCCUCAACGGCAUCCAAUGUCAGUGAUAUUUCAUUCAAUUGUCCAUAUAAUCAUGACAACAUGGCGCUCAGGGGGCAUAAUGUUUGACAGACAUCUCUUGUUUACAAUAUACUACUCAAACUUUGCUAAGGAUCACCAAAGGCUACUGCAUACACAUUUUCAUAUAGAAUUUCAAUUUUCAAGAAAUGACAGACUGUUUAUAUUGAUAACAAGGCUAAUCACACCGAUUCUAAAUGAAUGAUGACAUACCUACUGUUCUUUUACCAGAAAAACUAGCAAAGGAGUUUAUCACUUGAAAAUUGUAUUUAAUGAUAAUUUUGGUAAGGUUAUUUGAAAUUUUUGUGUUUUAUGACUUUGAACGCAUGUUUUGUUAAUUUUUUACAUUGCGCAUAAUUGGAUAUUUUUUGCAUGUUUCAAAUCUUGUAUCGUGUUACAAUCUUGGCAUAUAAGCUGUCAUGGUGAGUGACUAAAUCACCAAUUAUUUUUGUUGGUAUUGUCUUAUUUGGCUUUCAUUUUCAUCAUUUUCUAGUUGUAUUGAAUUUAUUGUCAUUAAAUGUUAGCAUGUUGUUGAUGCUGUCAAGUUACUACUUUAAGUCUUGUGGUCUUGUACCCUCAUGUGUUUCUUUAACUUUUGUGAAGAAUUGGUACUUCAGCUUCAUAUGAUGAGGUUCUUGGGUUAUCAAAGUUAGGCAUGAUUAUUUAAUCAGAACGAAGACCUACUAAUCGGUGUUUUUUUAUCAACUCUGGCAUGAAUAUCUACUUUACCUCUUCUUAUUUCCAUAUUUUUGUUUGAAAAAUGAUUUAAGAAGCUGUCAAGGUAUACAAAGAAGAUUAACGUUAAUUUUGGUUUCCAGAGAUUUAUAUAACAUCUUGAGUUGUUUUUUAAUUUAAGCCAUUUUCCAAGUUAAGUUUCUUAUUUGUAAUUUGAUAUAAUAACCUAAUAUUGUCUAAAAUGGGUUAUUUUCAUUAAAUAUGGAGACUAUAAUUCUAAAAUCACUUUUCUUUUAAUUUGACAAUGAAAAUUUAAAAAGUCGACUUAAGUUAAGAAAUGAGAGUUAUGAAAUGACGAGAUGUUUUAUUGAUUCCGACUCUGGUGACUCCAUAUUACUUUGCUAUCAUUUGAAACGAUAGAUAUCAAUGAAAUUAAUUCCACAAAUAAGCUUUUUUCUGCCCUAAAAGAUUGCUAAAAAGGCCAAUUAAAUAUUUUGAUUUCAGUUGAAAUGAAGAACAAACGUAUAAGCUGCAUAUUUCAGUCUUGUAUCUUUCAUAUUAGUAAAUUUAACAUUACAUUUAUUACCAAUGGCUUAAUGAAGUAACAAGCCUGUGUAAGAUCAAUGUUGCAACCAAUUGUAUAAAAUUUGGAUAAGUUAUCCACUUGCUAUUUUUCACAUUUAAAUGAAUGGAUUGGUUAAUAAUUAUUGGUUAAAUGUUGACCAAUUAAUAAACAUUUUGGUUAACUUUGAUAAAACCAAAGGCUUUACCAGUUUACUCAAUGUUUUAUUUUUAAAACAGCUAUAUGAACAAUGUUUGGAUAACUUUAGCUUGACUGACAUCUUAAUGAGAUAUUAAUAAUGACAUGACAGUCUGAUGGUAUGCACUUUAAAAAAAGAACUUACUUUUCUUUGUUACAUUUUUAUUCUCAAGAAAUUGUCAGUUACAUGCAUCUUUAUUUAUAAUAUAAAAAUAAUGAUUUCACCAUCAAAAAAAUACUAGUACAAUUACUCUUAAUGAGGCAUCAUAAAGUAAUAUCGUUGUAAAUUGCAUAUGUUAUAUAGUGAGGAUUUAUUAAGUAUCAAACAAGUAUUUAUGGUAUAAAUAGAAUAUCACAUUUGUAGGAAUGUGAAAUAUAAACCUAUUUAUUUAUUAAGGAGCCUCGUGAGUUUUUAUUAAUUUAAGAAAACUUGUUUAAUAAAUUUAGAAAUGAAUGACGUCUCAUGUAACUCCUUGUACAUGUAUAUAAGAGCCAUGCAUUGCAAUAUUAAAGGAUUUUUGCUUGAAGCUUAUUCUGCUUUUCUUAAUUAGCAUUGAGCAGUGAAUGUCACCCAUAUAUAUUACACAAAUGUUUUUGACACUUUUUUAUAAUCUACACAUUCCAUAUUGUUAUGAGAAGUAGAAUUUUAACUUUUUUUAGUGUAUAGUUGUAUACAAUUUUCAAUUUUAUCAACUUCAUAGUAUUAUUCAUGUUUAGAUGUUUUUUCAGAAAUUUUAAAUAUUUCUAUUUUUUUUGGUAGUAAACGUUUUGUUAAAUAUGUGUUUCUCUUGUUAUCAGGAAAGUGAAAAUAAAAUAUUACACAAAU